AUGCAGGCUGAUAACAUGGCUGAUGGAGCCACCAAACCUAGGGCCACCAUACCCACAUCAACCCCGGUAGGGCCCAAAAUUCCCACUGUAAUUGAAACAGCGCAGGAGCAAAUGGACUCUGAGGAGUUUCAUUCUCUCCUAGACGCGGCUAUGGCGAAGUCUGUGACGCAGGCUAUAUUUACCGCCAUGGGUGCCAUGUCGGAUAACUUAUCCCAUUCAAUAGCCACUGCAAUGAGAUCCACGCAGUUGCCACCAAACCCUAUGGCUAACCCCCCAGAAACUGAACCGGUGGCCCCUAGUGGGCGUAAAGCCGCUAAAAAAUCUCGCCAUUUAGACGAGUAUGCCUCCGCAACUCUACAGACGGACAGGGCACGUCCUGUCACAGAACCUGUGGUUGGACCACAACCAAGAGCCCCCCGCCGGGCAAAAUCGGUGAGGAAAUGGAAGAGGGCUAAGGCCCUAAUUGAAUCCUCCGACUCUGAAUCGGAGCAAGAGGAGGCACAGAGCGAGUCCGAUAACCAAGUGCGGGACUAUGACUCUGUCACGUGCACGGACAUGGACCGCAAGGACGGAGCUGGCGACUCCGCCUUAGUUGACCCCCAGG